CCCACCGAUGCUUUAGCUAGGGGUGUUACCCAGAAUCCCCUACGUCUGCUUUCUGUUCUUCAGUCAGACAGUUUUCAGUCAGACGGUGGCGGUGAGGGCUGUAGUGCGGAAGGGUUUGUGUGGCGUUUGGAGCUGCAUUGAGAGGUCAAAGGUUAGGUGAAGAAUGAAUACUAUUAAGAACGUGCCGGCCCGGGUUCUUAGUCGGAGGACCGGCCACGGCUUGGAGGCGGAGAGGGAACAGUUUGACAGAAACCAGGCCAUCAGCAUCAGUAAAGCUAUCAAUACACAGGAAGCUCCAGUAAAAGAGAAACACGCCCGCAGAAUUAUUUUGGGCACUCAUCAUGAAAAAGGAGCAUUUACAUUUUGGUCAUAUGCCAUUGGUCUUCCAUUACCAAGCAGUUCUAUUUUGAGCUGGAAAUUUUGCCACGUCCUGCACAAGGUCCUUCGUGAUGGACAUCCAAAUGUGCUGUCAGAUUGUCAGCGAUACCGCAGUAACAUUCGAGAAACAGGAGAGCUGUGGGGUCAUAUGCAUGAUCGUUAUGGGCAGCUUGUGAAUAUUUAUACAAAGCUUUUGCUUAAUAAAAUAAGCUUUCAUGUAAAGCACCCAGAAUUUCCACCGGGCUUGGAAGUGACUGAUGAUGUUCUUGAGAAAUCCGCUGGCACAGAUGUCAACAACAUAUUUCAGCUUACAGUGGAAAUGUUCGAUUAUAUGGAUUGUGAACUGAAGCUUGCUGAAGCUGUUUUCAGGCAGCUUAAUAGUUCAAUCGCUGUAUCUCAGAUGGCAGCAGGACAGUGUAAGCUGGCCCCUCUUAUUCAAGUCAUUCAGGAUUGCAGCCAUCUCUACCAUUACACUGUUAAGCUGAUGUUUAAACUCCAUUCAUGUCUGCCUCCUGAUACUCUACAGGGACAUAGAGACCGAUUUCAUGAACAAUUUCAUAGUUUAAAAAACUUCUUCAAACGGGCAUCAGACAUGCUGUACUUCAAGCGGCUCAUUCAGAUUCCCCGUCUUCCUGAUGGUCCACCCAACUUUUUGCGAGCCUCUGCCCUUGCAGAGCAUGUUAAACCAGUGGUUGUUAUCCCCAAUGAAACUCCAGAAGAUGAGGAGCCAGCAGAAUCAUUGAUUGAGAUCAGCGCAGCUCAGCCUGUGGAGCAGGAGCAGGUUGUGGAAGACUUAUUUCAGCAAACCUUUGGUGCUCCUAAUGGUCUUAUGAAAGAUGACAGGGAUCUUCAAAUUGAAAAUCUGCAAAAGGAAAUAGAAUUACUACGUGCUGAACUAGAGAAAAUAAAGCUGGAGGCACAAAAGUACAUCUUGCAACUAAAAGGACAAAUCAACACAUUGGAGGCUGAGCUAGAGGAACAGAGGAAGCAGAAACAAAAGGCUUUAGUAGAUAAUGAACAGUUGCGGGAUGAGUUGGAGAAGCUAAAGAAACAGAAACUGGAAAAUGAGAAAACACAAGGGGUCCUCCUGGAAGCAGAGAAGAAGAUACAAGCCACAGAGUUACGCUAUACCAAACUGAAAGAAAAGCACAAUGAGCUCAUUAAUACCCACGCUGGACUUCUUAGAAAGAAUGCUGAUACAGCAAAACAGUUAACAGUGUCACAACAAAAUCAGGAAGAGGUGGCACGUAUCAAAGAAGAGCUGGAAUUUCAGAUGGAUCAAGUGAAACGAGAAUCAGAUUUGAAGUUGGAGGACCAAAGUUUUCAGACUGAACAACUGAAAUCAGAAAUUGAAGCAAAGAAAAAAGAGUUAUUACUUAUCCAGCAAUCUCUAUCAAGUACUGAGGAGUCUAAAUCCCAGCUUAACUCAACAUUAAUGUCACUAGAAGUGGAGAAGGACACUCUAAAAAGUUUGUUGACCACUAAGGAAUCGGAACUGUCUUCUGCUCAAAACCUGGCUCGAGAUACAGAGACUUUAUUCAAUCAAGAGCAAGAAAAGAAAGCCAGUGAAAUAAGAGACUUGCACGAAAAACUCAACAAAAAGACUACUGAUGAACAGAAGCUUUAUCAGAAGAUGUUAGAGGAUCAGUUUAACAUUAUUCAGGGAACCGUGAGAGAAGCAGAGAAUAUUAUUCAGGAUGCUGUUGCCAAACUUGAUGACCCCUUGCACAUUCGCUGCACCAGUUCUCCAGAUUACCUUGUCUGCAGAGCACAAGCUGCAUUGGAUUCUAUCCCUCACCUUGAAAAUGGACACGCUAAGUAUAUACAAAACAUGACAGAUGCCUCUGACUUAGUGGGAGCACUUGCCCAGUUUGCACACUUAACUGCAGACACUAUUGUAAAUGGCAGUGCAACUUCGCAUUUGGCUCCACCUGAUCAUGCUGAUCGGCUAAAUGACAGCUGCAAAGAGUGUGGAAACCAAAGCUUGGACUAUCUAAGUAGCCUAAAGAAUAAACAUUCCCUAAAAAAUGCAGACCUUGCAGAAGUCAACAGAUCGCUGAAGAGAAUCUUUGAUCUGGGACAGGAAUUGAGGCCUAAGAGUCUGGAUAUCAAGCAGGAAGAACUGGGUGACAUGGUGGACAAAGAAAUGGCCUCAACCUCUGCUGCUAUAGAAGCUGCUGUGCGACGGAUUGAGGAAAUGAUGAACCAGGCUAGAAAAGACAGCUCAGGUGUUAAACUUGAAGUAAACGAGAGAAUUUUAAAUUCCUGUACAGACUUGAUGAAGGCUAUCAGACUUCUAGUCAUAACUUCUACAGAUCUUCAGAAGGAGAUUGUGGAGAGUGGCAGAGGUGCAGCUACAACACAAGAAUUCUAUGCCAAGAAUUCCCGUUGGACAGAAGGACUUAUCUCUGCUUCGAAGGCUGUUGGAUGGGGAGCAACUCAACUUGUAGAAUCUGCAGAUAAAGUUGUCCUUCAUAAAGGCAAAUAUGAAGAGCUUAUAGUGGGGUCCCAUGAGAUUGCAGCAAGUACAGCACAGCUAGUCGCUGCAUCCAAGGUAAAAGCUGAUAAAAAUAGUAAGAACUUGCCUAAACUGCAGCAGUGCUCUAGGCAUGUGAAUGAGAUGGCUGCUAAUGUGGUAGCUUCCACCAAGUCAGGCCAAGAACAGAUUGAAGAUAAAGAUACCAUGGACUUCUCUGGUAUGUCACUAAUUAAACUAAAAAAAGAAGAAAUGGAAAGCCAAGUUAAAGUUCUCGAGUUGGAGAAUAUGCUGCAGAAUGAACGAAUGCGCUUGGGGGAGCUAAGGAGGCAGCAUUAUGCUCUGGCAGGUGGAUAUGAGAACGAGAAAGAAGACGACCCUACGCCAGCACAGAAGCCUGGCAUUCUGAAAAAGCCCCAGUUGCCACAGAAACCUAAUAUUCUUCCAAAAACAGAUAACAGGAUCGGUAAAGAAGACGGAGUUUAUCAAGCAAAUUUAAUUAAUUUCUGAUAUGCAAGAGAGCAGCCCACGAAAUCUAUCCUUUUCCUGUACAUGAUGCACAUUCAGAUGGGAAGUUGUGGAACUACUGCAACGCUGUCUGUGCUCUGUAGCCUUUACAUCUGUGUUCUAUACAGAUAGUUGCUAUUCGGUUUGCCUUUUUUCUGGCCAGUCCUCAGCCUCUGCAGCUGUUUACUGUAGUGUUUGUAAACUAGACUUUUAUUUGACUUUUAAUGUUGUGUAUGUUUUAUACCGUCACUACAAAAGUCACAUUAGGCUCAAGCACAGUUCUCAAUAAUCUUUUUAUUUAAUUUAGGGAAUUUUAUUUUAAGUCCAGUUUAAUAUAUUUAUCCUUUAGAGGCUAUCACUUCUUUUGUCGCAAGGAAUUUCAGACAUCACAUUGAAUCAGGUAAAUAAAAGUUUGUGUAACUAUUAUGGCUAUUGAUAUCAAGGGUAAACUAGUCCUUUGGUGGUUGGCUGGCAAGUGGCACAUGUGACUUCUUUAAGAGACAAAAUGCACAAAGUAAAAGGCAGGAAUUUUGACUUGAACCUUCCAGUUAUAGAUAAUGGAAAUUGAUUGGUUCAUAGCAUGUAGCAUCACCAGAAACCAUGGACCUUGCUGAUUUGUGACCGCUUUGUAUUUUGUCUCUUAGAAAACUUAAAGUUGCAUAGCAAUAAAGAGUCAAAUAAAGCUUGUUUGUAUGCAUGGUUUCUGUUGCCUUUUCUGGCCAUCUGGUAGGCUAUGGCAACACAUGUGCUCCAUGUGCCAACCCAGUGGCUCCAGGUGCCGGCACAUCUGAAAGCUGAUCGGAAGUGAAGGGAUGGAUUCUAGGUCUGCAUUUAUCAGGCUGAGAAUCUGCCGUGUGGCUUAGGCUAUGUCCAGACUGGGCUGAUUCUUGGUCUGCAGAUAAACACAAACCAACAAGAAGACCCUUCACUCCAAUCAGCCUUUCCAGCAGAUUUUAGUGCCUGGACUUGGCCUGAAGCAGUGCCUCCAGGUGCAGGCACAAAAAAAUCCCAAAUUUCUUGGUUUGCAAGGGCAAGAAUCAGCCUCAUGUGGCUUUAGCUGUAGGGGACCACUUUUUCCUAUAAACUUUGUACCAGAAUAUGAAUUUAUCAUCACUUCUUUGCCUUGAUUUAGCUCAACUUUGCUAAACAGAUAUAAAGUGGUAGGCACAGAGACUAGCAACCAGCUUUAACACACCUUGAUUUUAAAAAAUUAGAUAUGCCCAACAAAUAUGCUAGAUGCUUUUUAAAGCAAUAGAGGCAGGAGCCAUUUGUUUUCAGAUGGAAUUGAUUUUUAACUGUCUUUUAAGAGCUGCACAUAUCAGUUGAACUGUGAUUUAAGGUUCUUUAUGCAUCUGGGAGUGAAUGGUGCAAAAGGAGGGCACUUGGGAAAUUCUUCAUGUAACUUGGCUCUUCAUAGCUGGUCUUCCAUUAUUUAUAAAGAAGUUGACCCACUUUAAUGUUUGUAAUUGUGAGAGAGAUCAUUAUUUAACGAUAUAUAGAAAGAUACAUUUAUCAAAGCAUUGUAAUAUAUAUUAGAAUUUUAAUUUCUUUUCAUUCUGCCAAAUACACGUGUAAAGGUUUGAGUUAGCCACCUAUAAUGCUGAGGAAAAAUUAGAUUUGGCGCUUACUAAGAAAAUGUAGACACUUAAAUUAUAGUAGCAUUUAUCUUUUGUUUGUUUCAUGGUAGAUACCAUUAUUGUGGGUGUGACAUACACAACUGUUACUGUUAUAUGUGCAGUGAAGCAAAUUUCUACAAUAAAAACAUGGGGAACUGAAACGAAUACCAAUCCUAGUGAUCAUCCCUAUUGCUAUUUCUGUACGUCGGGCCAGACUGAUCUGCACAUGGGGCUUCAGAUCAUUACAUCUGGUAUAUGUGUCAGCCCUCACAUUAGAAUAUUUGCUUAAAAUAAACUCGUUUGAAUUCACAGCCAUUUAUCACAAUCGCUACUUUUGGGAAUUCACUUCUUCCAGGGAAAGCUGAGAAAGUCUUAGAUGUGUUCUGUGUCUUUGCUGUUGUUUUGUGUGGGUGCAGAGUUAAGGAAUUGAUGUGCCAUGUAAAAUACACAUUUAUCAAGGUUAAUUAUUUGUCUUUUAGGAAGAAGGUGUUUUGUAUCUUCUGUUAAUGGCAGAUAAGCAAUAAAAUGAUGUGAACAGUCUUAAUUUGUUUUAUCUCUUGUUCUGCUAGAUACAAAAAUCAUGUGAUCCUAAAAUUAAAAGCACUUUUGUACUUGG